AUGAAAAAGAAAAAUUUAUUUCUUGCUAAAAAACCAGAAGACAGUGCUUUAAACUAAUAUUGGUUUUCAGAAUAAACAAUUGAAUUCUUGGUUGAUCAUAUUGAGUCUAUUUAUUAAAAUGGAUAGAAGAUAGCAUUCCUAUCAACUCCAUCAAUUUAUUGUAGUUUGAAAAAUUAAGAAGUAAAAUAAAACUCAUCUCUUUUUGAAUUUGAUAUGAAAUUGAAUAAAGAGAAAGGAUUUGUGUUUUAUGAUUUCAAUAAGCCAAUUGAAGGUUUAGAAUAAUUCAAAAAUAGUUUUGAUAUAAUAUUGAUUGAUCCUCCAUUUAUAACAGAAGAAGUGUGGAGCAAAUAUGCUUAAACAAUAAAUUAUAUAAGAAAGGAAGAUGCAAAGAUUUUGUGUUGUUCAAUAAAAGAGAAUGCAAAAAUGCUAUAGAACUUAAUAAAUGUUGUGCCCUAACAAUAUAAACCUUCAAUCCCACACUUAAUAUAUCAAUAUGACUUUUAUUGUAAUUACAACCAUGAAAUGUUAUAGAAGGUAAACGAAGAAAUAGGAUUUUGA